CUUAAGCGUCCACUGAACUUACUUGUUCCGCCCUCACUGGAAAACAUGGCGGCGCCUAUGAGUAGUGGAAAUGCUCCUGCGUCGGACACGACCGAUUUGGUUAUUGAUAACCAGCAAAUUCAAUACAGUAUGGUCCUGGAUCAUCUUAUCGGAGAGAAAAGGCCAAUAAAGGACAUUAAUCCCGCAGUUAUGGGAGGGCUACCGAUGCCUGCCAAAAGCGACGAGCAGAAGAUGAUCGAGAGAGGAAUGGAGAGCUGUGCCUUCAAGACGGCUCUGGCGUGUGUUGGAGGUUUUGUCCUUGGCGGGGCUUUCGGUGUUUUCACAGCAGGCAUUGACACCAAUGUCGGCUUCGACCCCAAAGACCCCCUAAGAACACCAACGGCACGCGAGGUCCUGAAAGACAUGGGCCAGAGGGGGAUGUCCUACGCUAAGAACUUUGCCAUUGUUGGUGCCAUGUUCUCCUGCACAGAGUGCAUCAUUGAAUCACACAGAGGAAAAACAGACUGGAAAAACGCAGUGUACAGUGGUUGUGUCACCGGGGGAGCGAUUGGAUUUCGUGCUGGCCUGAAGGCGGGUGUGCUCGGAUGCGGAGGCUUCGCUGCGUUCUCUGCCGCCAUCGAGUAUUACCUGCGAUGAACCACCAGCGGCUGGAGACAUCCCAGUCUGUGGACACCAACCGGCGGAAGAGCGAAGAGAUGUCCGGACCAAACAAUGAGACUCUGCGACCUCUGAACCUCGACCUUGUCAGGAAUAAAACGCUGGCGGAGACCCCCGUGUCCACCCACCCUUCACACUGGAGCUCUUCUCUUCCAUCAGCGGUGUUUUUUUGUUUGUGUGCCGUGUCGCACAAGGCAGCCAUAGUUUGUGCCGGAGUCCAGUCUGGUUUUCUCUCGUCUCUGUUCUUCGGCUUGAUGGGAAAUUGUAUCAAAAAUUUGCAAACGAGUUCUGUCGACUUCACGCUCGACCAGAUGGCAACAGCAGGCCACGGACCUCUUGCGUUUAACGUUCCUGAGAUUUCUUUUUUAAAAGUGGAACUUCAGAUUCCAUUUACAUUGUUCAUAAUUUACAGAACUGACAUGUAUCACAAACUUUCCCAUGUCAGGAAUAUUUAUACGUUAAAAAAAUGUCCUGGUCACACAUUUCCUGUCACCGUGUUCCCGUCAGACAUGACGUUAAUAGAUCUGCUUUCAUUCUGCCCAGUGAUUGGUGGCUCGUAACUGGAUGACACCACAUAAUGUAAAGUUACACGGCCUACAUGGAUUCACCGUACCAGAGACAGGGGCAGGUUUUGGUUAUGAAGGGCGAGAUGUCAUAUGGAAUUUAGACGUUUACGAAUACCAUCCAAUGCUGUUUUUUUUUUUUAAACAAUCUUUAUUUUAACGUCUGAUUUUUUGGGGGGAGGGGGAUUUUUUUCCUGCCUUUAAAUAAUUGACAUGUAUAUGUUAAAAGUUAUUUAACUAGAAUAAAAUAUA